CAGAUCUAUACGGGUACUUAGUGCUGACUACCCCCCUGCCCCUUAAGUAAUCUUCAAGGUAAGUACGACCAUGUCUUGGUCAAACACAAAAGCAAACUCAACAUCUACAUUUAACAGACAUUCCAUUUCUCCCAUCCCACAAAGACACAAUGAAUACCACCUAUCAACACCAAGAUCAGUGCCUGGAUUCCAUCCCAGUCACAUGAUCCCACUGAUAGAUGGCGCCUUAUGUAAUCACCCCUUAUCGGACAGUUAUACAAAUCCAGCCAUUCUUCAGCUUCAAAAUCCCAUUCAAUCCCACCACAACCGGACAAUUGGACCCUCAUCAUGGCCGAUACCACGCAGGACAACCCGCAAAAUGAUUUCUACGUCCUGGUCACAGGCGCAAACAGCGGCGUCGGCUUCGACAUCUGCAAACGCCUCAUACUCGACUUCCCACUCACCCACCCGGCAACCCACCACCUAACCAUAAUUUUCACCACCCGCAGCUCCCAAAAAGCCACCGACACCCUACGCCGCCUACAAACCCACCUCCCCCCAUCCUCCUCCAACACCACCACCACCAAAUCCACCAGCCAAAUAACCCUCCACCCGGAAACCGUCGACCUCUCCAACCUCCUCUCCGUCCGCGCCCUCUCCCACCGCCUCACAACCACCCUCCCCCACCUCGACAGCAUAAUCCUCAACGCCGGCAUCGGCGGCUGGACCGGCAUAAACUGGCCGUCCGCCAUCUUCGGCGUUCUCACUGACCUCGUCCACCAAGUAACAUGGUUCACACACAAAGUCGCCCCCACCGGAAUGGUCACAUCCCCGCAGACCACAUCCACGAAUCCCGAACCCCGUCUGGGGGCGAUUUUCUGUGCCAAUGUGUUCGGACACUACAUGCUUUCCCAUAAUCUCAUGCCCCUAUUGCAUAGAUCUACCCAACCGGGGAGGGUCAUCUGGAUGUCUAGUCUCGAGGCCACGAUCCAGCAUUUCAAUGUGGAGGAUAUGCAAGGUCUGAGGACGAAUGUGCCUUAUGAGUCGUCGAAAACGCUCACGGAUAUUUUGGCCCUCACGGCGGAUUUACCAUCUACGAGUCCUUGGGUUGAGGGGUUUUAUUCUUGCUCUGCCGCCUCGGGUUCUACUGAUUCCGAUACGGGUACGCGGGAAGUUAAGGAGACAGGGGCGCCGAAGACGUACCUCGCUCACCCCGGGAUCUGCGGAACGGGGAUCCUGCCUCUUGCGCUGCCGCUUUUCUGGGCUAUGAUUGCGGCGUUUUGGUUGGCGAGGAUGUUGGGAUCGCCGUGGCAUACGCUGUCGACGUAUGCGGGGGCGAGUGCGCCGGUGUGGUUGGCUGUGUCGGGGCAGAAGGAGCUGGAUGAGGCGGAGGAGAAGUAUCGGGGUCAUGGUGGGGGGAGGGGAUCGGGUGGUUUCGACGGAGGUGGAGGGAUGGGGUCAUGGGGGGUGGUUGGGGGGGCGGUGGUGGAGGAGGAUCGAUUGAGGAGGAGGAAGCGUGGGAUGAGGGAUUUGACGGCGGAGGAGAAGAUGGAGUUUGAGGAGUUGGGGAGGAAGUGUUGGAGGCAGAUGGAGGAGUUGAGGGUGCAGUGGGAGGAGAUUUUGGAGAGGGAGGAGAGGGAGAAGCGGGUUAAUGUUUGAGUGUAUGAUUAUGAGGGUGCUGGGGAUUGCAUAGAUGUAGCAUAUACGGGGAUAUAAUUUAGAUAUAGAUAAUGUGUAAG